AUGAAGCCCUUCGAGGCCAUCCCCUCAACUCAACCACCUCCGUACUUCUUUUCUGUCCAUCCGUCACCCAGUAUUCCUACGCUCAGGGGCCAGAAGGUGCAUCGCAUGAAGCUGGCCUUCGACUGGGGUUACACGCAGGGCAACAACUUCUACCACUUCCUUCUUCGUCGCUUUACCCUCAACCCCUCUCCACCCUCUCCACCUGUCUCCACCCCUCUCCACCCCUCCACCCCUCUCCACCCCUCUCCACCCCUCCAGUUCUCCUACUCACAAGGUCAAAAGGUGCAUCGCAUGCACCUGGCCUUCGACUGGGGUUACACGCAGGGCAACAACUUCUACCACUUCCUCGUCGAGGCCAUUCCCUCGUUCUUCGUCGCUGCUGCGGCGCUGCCCAACUUCAGAGACAUUCCCAUUAUUGCAGAGCGCUUCCAGUGGGACCUAUACGACAGCAUAGGGCGCAUCUUCAUAGGGGUGAAUCGCACGGACAUGAGAGCCGUUCAGGCAACCGAAGGGGACCUUUUCCACAUUGACACACUCUAUCUGCCAAUGCUCCAGGAGUGCGGCGCACCCAACAAGGCGCUGUGGAUGGAGCUGAGGCGGCACCACCUGCUGCACCCGCAGGGCCUGCCUCUCUUCCGCCGCGACUUCUCCUACCACUACCGCCCAGCGCUCUCCUACCAGCAACUCACCCACCUGCCCCCCGACUGGCUCGUGGUGCUGGCGCAGCGUCCCUCAGGGAAGCGCUCCUUUGUCAACACUGAGGAGGUUAAAGAAGCAGUUCUCGCUGCGUUUCCUCCCGAGAGAGUUGUUGUGUUUGAUGGCUCGCUGCAGCUCAUGCAAGCACGUGCUUUGUUUCGUCGGACUCGGCUCUUUGUGGGCGGCCAUGGGGCGGCGUUAUCCAACCUCAUCUUCAUGCCCGUUAGAUCUCACCUCUUGGAGAUUCGCCCUGACAAAUGCCCCAACCGUUGUUACAACAGCCUCGCAUAUGCAUGCUCUAUAAAGCUUUUCUUCGCCCUGCUCGCGCUCUCCCUCGCUGUGUCGCUCGCGCUGGCGCCUACGUGUCGCGCGAAUGAGAUCUUCACGGUCGAACCAGAAGACUUCGACGACGACGACGACGUGGCGGACGCCGCCAUUCCCGCCGCCGACGCGUCGCUUCCUGAUCUGAUGAGCAACCUCUUCGGCGCGAGCAGGCGGUUUCUUUGGACGUCUGACAUGCGCCGCGAGCUGUCGUGCAAGUCGGACUGCGAGGCGAAGAACAAGAAGUGCAACACGGAUUACAGCGAGUGCAAGCGCGAGAACAAGGACGACGAGCACAAGCACCACAAGUGCACGCACAAGUACAAGAAGUGCAAGAAAAAGGCCAAGAAGUGCCGCUCCAAGUGCGAUUAG